AUGACCAACACACUGCCAAUUGGUGACAUCCAAGUCCCUAUACCUGGCUUCGGGGCCAUGGGUCUCAGUUCAGCUAUGGGUAGCGACCUCAACCUUGAAGAGGCCGAGCCAGUUCUCAAGAAAGCGGUUGACCUUGGAUGUACCUUCUGGGAUACUGCCGUCGCCUAUAAGAAUGGCGGUAAUGAAAAGCUACUUGGCGACUUUAUUAAGAAGCAUGAUGUGCGCGAUAAGCUUUUUGUGGCGUCAAAGUGCGGAUUUGAUGUUUUUUCACCCACCAGAAGUGUUGUCAACUCGGCAGCUCACAUCAAAGAAUACAUCGAGGGGACGAUUGAAAGGCUUGGAUUUACUCCUGAUCUCUACUACCUCCAUCGAAUUGACCCCAAUACGCCACUUGAGGAGUCUAUUGGCGCUUUGGAUGAACUGCGCCGCGCAGGGAAGACCAGAUAUAUUGGUCUAUCUGAGUGCUCUGCUGCUACUUUGCGCAAAGCCAUGUCGAUCGCGAAGAUUGAUGCGGUCCAGGCUGAAUACUCGGCUUUUGAGACAGUGCAUGAAACGAACGGUCUCAUCGAUACAUGCAAGGAGCUAGGUGUAGCGUUUGUCGCAUUCAGCCCCUUGGGACAUGGCUGGCUUGUUGAUAACUUUGACUAUAAGUCUCCUGAUGACUUUGCACCUAAUGACUUCCGCCGAACAGUUCCCAAAUUUCAAGGUCAGAACUUCUACAAUAACAAGGCAAUUGUGGACGAGAUCAAGAAGCUAGCCUCACGAAAAGGCUGCACUGUUGCGCAGAUCGCACUAGCUUGGGUGGCGGCGCAGGGGCUGAUCAGCAUCCCCGGUACGACAAAAGCCUCACGCUUAGAAGAGAACUGGGAGUCUCGCAAGAUUGUCUUGACGGAUGACGAGAAGACGGAGAUGCGAAGAAUUGUGGAGAAUGCGAAGCCGGUUGGAGAGAGGUUUGCCGCCAGCAUGGCUCAUUUGGUGGGUAACUAG